AUGAACGGACAUCGCAGUAGCCGGACUUUGAAACCGGGCAUCAAUGUGCCUAUGGUCACAUUCUUCGACCCAGAGACUGAAGACGUCGACGUCGGCGCUGUUGCAAAACAUGCCGUCAGACUUGCCAAGGCAGGCCUCACAUCCAUCACAUGUCAAGGAUCCAAUGGUGAAGCCGUUCAUUUGACUCGAGAGGAGAGAAAGCUUGUGACAGAGACGACCCGAAAGGCACUCGAUGAGGCUGGGUUUUCAGACAUGCCAAUCGUCGUGGGAUGUGCAGCACAGUCUGUCAGAGAAACCGUGCUGUUUUGCAAGGAUGCUUAUGACGCUGGCGGCGAUUACGCCUUGAUUCUACCUCCUUCGUACUACAAGCCAUCAUACACACAAGCAAGCUUCGUAGAGUACUUCCAGGAUGUCGCGACAGAUUCGCCUAUCCCGAUUAUCAUCUACAACUACCCCGGCGCCGUCGCCGGCGUGGACUUGGAUUCCGACACCAUUAUCAAGCUGGCCAAACAUCCUAAAAUCGUCGGAUGCAAGCUCACCUGCGGCAAUACCGGUAAACUGAACCGGAUCGCUCACGCUGUCAACGCCGCCACUCCGUCAAGCUCGGGCUCGGGCUGGAUGUGCAUGGGUGGUUCGGCCGAUUUCACUCUCCAGACCAUGAUCGCUGGUGGUUCCGGCAUCAUCACUGGUCUGGGCAACGUCGUGCCAAAGGCCUGUGUGAAGGUAUUCAACCUCUAUGCUGAGGGCAAGGUUGAGGAAGCGCAGAAGUUGCAGGCUGUUGUCGCUCGAGGUGACUGGGGUGUCAUUGCCGGUGGUAUCACUGGAACCAAGAGUGCGCUGCAGUCGUAUUAUGGCUAUGGUGGGUACGCAAGACGACCACUCCCCAAGCCCAGCAAGGAUGAUGUGGCCAAGCAUGAGGCUGCGUUGAAGGAAGUGGUUGAGCUUGAGAACUCUUUGUAG